AUGAGUACGACCAAUUAUCCUGAGGUGCCUAGAAGGAUCGACUUGACGCUUGGACCGCUGGUCGUUUAUUUGAGCGAAGGAGACGGCAGCGCUGAUACAACAGUCAGGGCGCCCGCACUGAAACUUAUAGGCUUGAAAAUUAACGCCGAAAGUACUAUCAGUGCUGAGGAUUCCAGCCACGACAGCGCGGACGAAAUUAUCGAGACUGAUACUCAGGAGCCUGUACUGCGUCUCCGGUCAACGAUAAGUGGCGAGAAUCGCGCUCUCGAGGUGAUACUUUCAAAGAGAGUUGAGCCGUGGAUAGCGUCAGGCACUUUAGUGUACGAUCAAGAAGUCAGCAAGUUGCAAGAAGACGAUGCUUCGAAUUCGUAUGUCGUCGAGACACAAGAUAACGAGUGGUCAAUCCUCGACAAUUGCGAGUGCGAUCUGGACGCUCAUUUCAAAUUGAUGAAGACGGAGGUCACGUUUGUUUCUCUGGAGCGAACAUGCGAUGUACUUCCGAAAGGAGUUCCCAGCAUCCAAUUGUCCAUCGGAGAAGUCACCGUAUAUGGGCAUCCCUUCAUGAGCGAAGAUCAUCUUGGAGUACGCGCGAAGGCAGAUAUUCAAUGUUCUCGAUUAAAGGCGUGCUACUUUACGAGCGACAACUCGAUCAAGCUUUCGUUUCUGUCUCUUGAUUUCGCCCGGGUAUUCAUUUCUCCUGUCGCGACAAUGAUGCAAAGUGAAGUACCCGCAGAGGUUGAGAUGGAGGCAGAGUGGAUCGAAGUCAAGUGGGCACCAGAAGUUCUGCACGCGAUCGGAGGAUUGCUAGAGCUGGGGAUUGCUACGUCUUCGUUGAAAGUGCCAGCAAUGCAUCAACUUGCUGACGUGGCACAAGACACUGUAUCUCCAGGCGAAGUGAUCGCGUUUCGGUGUACAGCAAAGCGCAUUUGCGUUACUUUUCCUUACGUCUACUAUGGUCAGCGUCAUGUGGAGUGUGUUACCGUCGACACGUUUGCUAUGAGCACUGAAGGAACCACCGAGCGACUUCGUAUUUCCAUCCUCGAUGCGAGGGUUUUCCCGAAUCGGCGCGCAUCAAGCGAAAAAGCAUCCACUGUCCAUGCGGAAGAAAUUUGUGGACAUGAUGCCACCUACUUCGUGGCGGACUGUUUUUCUAUUGAAGAGAACAAGGUGCCCGGAAGCUCGAAGACUGUCGUUGAUUUGUUUGUGAAUGGCGCUCGAAUGGAAUGGGACAUUGCAACGCAGUUGCGGGUCAUGGAGCUCAUUCGCCGAAUUACCUUCUCGUCGUGGGAAAUGAUUUACCGCGCUCGGAGUGCCUACGCUCUGCGUUGUACUCGAACUGAUAGCAUUUAUAACCGAUCUCACGGCUUAAACCCACCGCUGGAUGAUGUCGAUGAGUGCUUACGCUAUGAGAGGAUGUUUGGUGAUUUGAUCAGUGCAUCAGGAGAUAAACUUCAUCGACUGCAUGCCACCAACCUGUCGGUACACGCGAAACUGUGCGGUGAGGUUGAUGUACAACUCGCUGUCGGGAUGUUCGCAGGGGACGACCUACCCGAAGUAUGGGCUUUUGAUGAUGUUUCCCUUCAAGUUAACGGUCUUGACAUGGUCUCGGCUGGAUCUGUUCGCGUCAGGCACACCAUCAACAAGCAGAUUGACUAUGUGUAUGGGGAAUUCGAAGAUAUGCUGCGAAAGCGACUUUCUGCUUGCAGGCGCUCCACUGUGGUUUUGGAUGAAAGUCUUACGGACGGAAUACUCAUUCAUGUCAACAAGCUGCGGCUUUGCACUAGUUGCGAUUUCCCCCUCCAACCUUACGUGGACGCCAUCCAAACCAGCUUCGACCCUUUCAAACAGGAGCUAACUGCGGCUGCGGUAUCGUUCUGGCGUCCUCAACACGAACUGUUUUACCAGUUUUUCUUGCGAACUCCAGUUGCCUCGCAUCAAAUGGAGGCGUGGAUGCGUCUGGAAAAUGUCGUGUGUGAGUGUCUUGGCAACCCACUGGAGAGCUGGCUCGAGCGCAUGUAUCCUGUGUGGGUUGAGGAACUGGCUGAGCAAGAGCUGCGAGCGCACAUGCUAGACGACCAC